ACAGUCUGGGGGAAUGGGCAGUACUCCUGGUCUGCUGCACUGGCUGGUAACAGCUGAACACUUAGCUGCAGAGUGAGGACUGACAGAGCACAAUACCAGCACCAGGCCACUGUGGGAGACAGAGAGAGAGAGAGAGAGAGAGAGGGAGAGAGAGAGACCUUGAGCCACAACGGUGCAGCCAAGGAGACCACAGAAACACUCUUCCCCCAAAUCCCCAAGUCUGCAGAGAAAAGAAGCAGCCGAGACAAACAAAAGCAUUCUUGGCUUUCAGUUCCAUAGAAGAAGAAAAAAUUGAACAAUACUUUGGGCCUGAUCAUUGACUUGAGAAACAAAUUCAAGGAGAAAGGCGUGACAGGACGGCGUCAGAGUCCGCUUCAUCAUCCUCAUCUACUAAUACAAACUAACGGAUUGUAGCGCUGCGCUGCAUGAAUGAUACAUACAUCUGCGAGAAGAAACGAGCAGAAACAGGAUGAGAACGACUCUGAGGAUCACGUGGCUGCUACUUUCACUGAGCCUUCUAAUUCAUGUGCAUUCCACUGAAGGACAGGAUGCUACUGGGCUGCCUGCUGGUGGUGUAUCAGGGACUGUGCCAACUAUUGCCAAGACAGACACACCUACUAGGGAGACAACUGGACCUGUCAAAAAAAAUGAACCUACAACGGUCACCUCAGUCAUCGUUUCUGCUACUAAUGUCGUCCCACCGGCCACAACAGUCAAGAGACCAGCUACUACCAAGCCUGCAGACGUAACACAGCCCACCCAACCACAGGCCACCACCGCCGCCACAGACAAGCCAACAACACUGCCCAGUAGUGGUACAACACCCCCACCCACUCAGGCAGGUGCAAACACUGCAGCUGUUACACCCACUCCUGGUAAGACCAUGCCCACAACUGCAGCCCCAUCUGGCAGCAGCAGCAGCACCAGCAGCGGCGGCGGCGGCAGCAGCAGCGGCAGCGGCAGCAGCAGCAGCAGCAGCUCAGGGGUACUACCACAGGCUAUCACGACACAGGCCUCACAGCCGCCUGCACCUGGUACCACGUCUAAGGCCGACGCACCUACGACCAGUCCAGCACCCACUGGGAAUGUGGAGACGACUAAAGCCACAAAGGCCUCAUCAGGUCCAGCUACAACAGUGGGUCAACUGGUGACCGAUACUACUAUCAGUUCCAUGACAAAGCAGGACAGACACAAACAAGCCACAGAGAAAACCACUGUUGUGGCUACGAGUCACAACCAGGCAACAGCAGGAAGCACACAGCCAACCACAAACACACAGAUGACGACCCACCCCCAUGUAUCAGCCAUGGGAGGACGGUCUGGAGCAGAGUCCAUCAGCACCACAGUGGCAGCCAAGACCUCACAAAUCGCCCCCACCACCGUCAACAUCCCCCCAUCUCAGCAAAAGACAUUUUCAUAUUCUCUCAACAAUGGACAGGAGAGUGAGGAGCAGAAGGAUCUGGUGGAGCUGUGCAGGCGACUGAUGGGGAAUUUACAAGACGGAAACUGCGCCUUGGUGUACCGGCAUCACAACGGCACAUUACAGGUCGACUCUGCAGAGAUAAACGGCAAAGUGAAAACCACCCUGGUCAGUCAGUAUUUUGAGGACAUCACCAAGAAACCAACAGAUAAUAAAACCCUCAUCGCCAUCCUGGCCUCCUGUGGAGCUCUGCUGAUCAUGAUCGUCAUUCUUGCUGUUUGUGCCUCCCACCAUCGCAAACCGUACCAUGAGAACCAGCAACACCUGACAGAAGAGCUGCACACGGUGGAGAAUGGUUACCAUGACAACCCCACACUGGAGGUGAUGGAGGUGCAGCCGGAGAUGCAGGAGAAGAAGAUGGCUCUGAACGGCGAGUUCAACGACAGCUGGAUCGUCCCCAUCGACAACCUGCUAAAAGACGACAUGCCCGACGAGGAGGACACCCACCUGUAGGAACAGCAGAAGAAGGAGAAGACAGCAGCGACACCCAGCUACUGCAGCCACGCCCAAACAAGUGAAAUAGUCCACAUUUGCUGCUCUGUGACAGCCCUCCUCAUGCAGUUUUGUCUCCAGAUCCAACGCUGUGUCCCCAGAAAAAUACACUUUCUAGAACAAUCUACCACUAAUGAUCACCUGCUCUGAUGUAUUUGUACCGCACACUGGUGUGACAAACACAAGAUUCAGAAACCAAUCACCUUAUGGAUGGAGGAUGAAAUCAUUAUAGAGGCCUUAGGAAACUCAUGAACAGAGUUUGGAAAUAAAUCCAUCACUGUUGUGCCUUUAAAGUAUUCUUCUAUAAACGCUUUGCUACUAUGACUUCCUACUGUGCACAAUCCAAAACUCAAGAGAGUCCCAGGGCAUUGUGUGUGGAGGAUUAGAACCUGCCUUCUCUUAUUCUAUACUCACAGAAUGAGUUGAUUUGUACACAAGCACAUGUAAAUAGAGUAUUUUUGUGUUUUUGUUACAUCCAUAUUUGAUUUAUCUGGCUCUGGAAGCCUCACAGGAAUAAGUUCAGAGUCCAACGUCAGCUGCCUCGGCGGUUCUAGAUUUACUAACUUAGAUAGAUGACCUCAGGAUUCUUCAAAACAUCCUGGUGAUUUUCCACUAAUGUCAGCUCUGAAGGGCCUGCCAGUCUGUGAACUGGUCCAACAGAGCACUAACCCCACUCACAACGGAAUCACAAAGACACUGGCAGAGGCUAAAGGUAGAGGGUGAAUAAGGGAAAAGCAGAUGGGGAUAGGAAAAAUAAAACUGUUAAUGGAACUCAAACAUGUAUGGAAAGUCUGAGUGGACAAAUAAUAUGCUCACUCAGUUUAUUCCAAAUCUCUCAACUUGCCAUUACAUAACAGUAACUUUUGAUAAAGGGAAGAAUUAUAUAAUUCAAGGAGUUUAAUGAAAUCGUCCAAAAGUCAAGUCCCAUUAUUUAAAUAUUUUUAACUUGACAUUUUGCCACUUUUUUAUUGUUUGGGCCAUAAUUUCUAUUAUUUAUUCUACAGUUGUAUAAGCCAAGUUAAUUGAGAAAGUGGAGUCAACAGGAAGUCCACCUGUUAACUCCAUGGCUACUUAGAGUACAUAGGUUUUGUCCCCAAAUUAGUUUAACCUGGAGUUUCUCUUUGAAUGUGCUGCCAUUGUAUAGUUUGUCUUUUAACUACAGGACAGUGUUAACACAUGAAGUAAUGAUGGACAAAAAUAAGGUGAAAGACCCAAACAGAAACAUUCUCAUCUUUGCAUUUGUCUUUUAUUGGCUGCUAAGAUGAGUCGUUUAGGGAUACGUUACAGUGAUGCAUUGGGAAUAAAUGAGAAAAUACUGCAUCACUUCAGACAAGUGGUCAAAACCUGACUGAUACUUUUUCAGUGAAGACUCUGGUUAAUGUUGAUACUGUGCACUUCUGAAACAAACUUUGUAAAUACUUUUAUCACAGUUGCUGACGGUGGAGUCAUGUGACCUUUAAAUGACAUGACAUAAAAUCACAGCAUAACUUCAGCACAUUCGCUUUUGUUAUUGUGUUCAGUCUAUUUUGUUCCCUUUAAACCAGUUAAUAUAUGCAUAUUUACCUUCACUUCAACCUAUAUACACAAGUAAACCCACCACCUUUGGCACUUCUUUCCCGUCUUUGUUUUUUAUUUUGUUUUCUCUGUGUGUUUCACUUUUUUUUCUUAUAGCUGUGCCAUUUUCACCAAAGUACGUUACCAGUAUUUCAUAUAUUUAUAUUUGUUUGCUGAUAAGCAAACAGCAGGGGUCUGAUACACUGGAAGCUGUAAAUUGUUGAUCAUCUCGUGGUUUAAUCGAGGCGGUCAUGUUGUUCAUGUUGUUCUUGUUCAACUUUGCAAAUAAAAGGAAGUGUUUUUCCACUUUGCAGUU